AUGAAGCUGCUGCUGCUGCUCACUUUCACAGCACUGGCCGAAUUCGAUGCUCUCUCGUGUCCGGAUCUGUGCUCCUGCUGUUUGCCGUCUGCCAUGGUGGUGUGCAGCCGAGGAGGCCUCCGAAGUUUCCCGGCAGCUGGUUUACCCUCCAACACCACCGUGCUGUCCAUUCAAAACACAAACCUCAGCAACGUUACAGCAGCUCACCUGAGCGCCGUGCCUCGUCUGAGCGAGCUGCAGCUCUAUCGCACACACCUGGCAAACCUUUCUUCAGAGCUGCUGGUUGGCGUUCCCCACCUGGACAUGUUGGACCUCACAGGAAACCAGCUGCUUCAUCUGCCUCCGAAGAUCUUCAGCCAUGGCUCGCUCCAAAGCCUGGUGCUGAAGAACAACCGGUUGGAGAGCGCGGACGCAGCUUGGUUUUCUGACAACAGCAGCCUCACCUGGCUGGACUUGUCUGGGAACCGUUUAGCCAGCGUCCCAGCCGCUCUGCUGCAGAAGCUGCCUCGCCUUCUGACUCUGGACCUGAAUGAUAACGACCUGCAGGAGUUACAAGGUGAGACGUUUAAGAGCCUGCGCCAGCUGGAGACGCUAAACCUCGCCGGGAACAAAUUGAUCACCCUGAAACCACAAACUUUUGCCCACAACCACAAACUGAAGCACCUGUACUUGCAGGAGAACCAGCUCCAGGACCUGCCGGAGAACCUCCUGCACGGCCUCCAGCACCUUGAGCUGCUGCUGCUCAACCGGAACCAGCUGCGUUACCUCCCGUCAGGGCUGCUGAACGGGAUAAAUCCUUCGGUUCAGAUAGUUUUGUUGGGGAACCCCUGGGUGUGCGACAGGAAGAUGGAGUAUCUGUGGAAGUGGCUCAGCGCUCACUCUGACAACAUCCUGUUUGUGGAGGAGGUGACGUGUGGCGGCCCCGAGUCUUUGAAACAUCAACAAGUUGCAUCUUUAACUGACAGUCAGCUCAACAGAAAACACAAUAAAACAUUCACAUGA